AUGGCACGCCUACCUUCCUCAAACAACAUCGUCAUCAUCAUCGUUAUCGUCGUCAUCAUCAACAACAACGUAAUCGGGUCAUUUGGCUGGCGUCGGCAGCUGACACUCCUAGCUCGCACGCAGGAGGUGAAGGAGCCACCAACAAUCUUUGCACCGCAGGCGGUUCGACAGCUGCAGCCGAAGCCAAUGGUCAGGCCGCCAGGAAUGCCAGCCCAGGUGAUCCCUGCUGCUUGCCCUUGUCAGCAGCGCCCCAUGCCCCACUUCGUGCAGCCUGUCCUCGCGGCGCCUCCUCCCCCGUCAUUCCCGCAAGUUCCCGGCAAGUCCUUGGCAUUCGCGCCGAAGUCGGCCCCGAUUCUUCCAAGGCAGACACUCUUCGCUCGUCAUGCCAGCCCGCCUCCUGGCAGGCUUCUGGUCACAAGGCAGACCUUACCUGCGCAACUGCCGGCUUGGCUGAUGCAAGCCCGGGCAUUGCCUUCGUCUCCCCGUCGGACAGCGACGCCGCUGCGGUUUGCUUCUGGACAGGCGCCUGUCUUCGCACGCCAUGCCUCGCCACAGCCUGUUCGGCAAUGA